UCAGCUGACAACAGCAGCAGCCAGAUGAUGAUGGCAGACUCUGGAAGUAGCGAAGAAGUAGCUGUGAUCGGUAACACCGACAUCACUUCAACGGAAUCAGAGAACAACAUUAUAAACACGAUGGUGGAAAGAGGAACAGCUCUAUUGAAAAAAAUGGAAAUAAAUGUGGCAGAAGCAGAGAAGAGAACAGGGAAGAACACUGUAAACAUGCAGGAAACCUAUACUGUCUACCUCAUAGAAACAAGGCCAGUGGAGGCCGUUCCAGAGGGAGGUACGCCAGCUGCACCUGACAUGUUGUGGAGACGCUACAGCGAGUUUGAGCUGCUCAGAACAUAUCUGCUAGUCACCUAUCCAUUCAUUGUCAUCCCUCCGCUGCCAGAGAAAAGGGCAGAGUUUGUGUGGCACAAACUGUCAGCAGAUAACCUUGACCCAGAUUUUGUAGAGAGACGCAGAGUUGGCCUGGAGAACUUCUUGUUACGUGUUGCAUCACAUCCCCUUCUUUCCAAUGACAAGAUUUUCUUCCUGUUUCUCACAGAGGAGAAGGGAUGGAGAGAUGCAGUUUUGGAAACAGGUUUCCAAGACAAGGUGGAUUCCAGACUUAAGUCACUGAGUGCUAUGUUCAGAGUCAAAAACCCAGACAAGCGAUUCACAGCACUGAAACAGUAUAGUGAUGAACUGAACGCUGUCAUCUCUCAACUAUUGAGGGUGCGAGCGAAAGUAGCUGACAGACUGUACGGAGUCUACAAGGUCCAUGGUAACUAUGGCAGAGUCUUCAGUGAAUGGAGUGCAAUAGAAAAAGAGAUGGGAGAUGGACUUCAGAGUGCUGGUCACCACAUGGACACGUAUGCUGCAUCAAUAGAUGACAUCCUGGAGGAAGAGGAACACUAUGCAGACCAACUGAAAGAGUACCUCUUUUACACCGAUGCUGUUCGGUCGGUUUGUAAAAAACAUGAAUUGCUUCAGUAUGAGUUGGAAAUGGUAGCUCAGGAUCUCGCCUACAAGAAACAACAGAGGGAAGAACUGGCAACUGGGACAGUACGUGUUUUUUCUCUAAAGGGGAUGACAAGUAAACUUUUCGGCCAAGAAAGCCAGGAGCAGAGGGAAAGCAGAUUGGCAGCUUUAGAGCAGAGUAUCCAGGAGGGAGAGGAAACUGUGAAGGAGAAAAACGCUGAGUGCCAAGAGUUUGUGCGAACAGCCUGGAAAGACAUCGAACGUUUUAAGGAGCAGAAGGACCAAGAUUUGCGUGAAGCAUUAAUCAGCUACGCCAUUAUGCAGAUCAGCAUGUGUAAGAAGGGAAUCCAGGUGUGGUCCAACGCCAAGGAGUGCUUCAACAAAAUGUGAGCCACCUCUGUGCCAUUAAUUCUCCGUACCAAAAUAAUAAUCAGAUUGUUGAUAUUGCCAGGGUGAGAGGGGACAUGAGCCCGUAGUUGUUCUGCAGUUUUAUUGAAAAGGACCACAGGGGCCUGGAUGCUGCCUUCAGUUCGCUUUGCUAUGUUGAGUGGAUGCUAAUGAGAAUAACCCUGUCACCUCCUCUCUUCGUUUCACACAUUUUAAACACUUUUUCACUGACAUACAUGAACUAUACAUAUUCAAGUGUCUUAACAAUACCACCUUCUUGCCUUUUUACCUGAGGAAACCUUUCUAAAGGAGAAGAUUUUGUGUUAAAGGAUUUUUUUUUCUCCACUUGAGCUAUACAGUUGACAGCAGUCCAAUUAAAGCCUUAGAGAACCCAACACUAUUAUUGCAUGAUAGUGGUGUAUAAUCCCUAGCUUGUAUUAUCUGUCAUCCUUAAAACAAGCAAUACACAACAGAUUGGCGCAUAUUUCAAAGCGGUAGAUGCUGAUAGACAUUGUGGUUAUGUGCAUUGUCAUGUUUUUACCAUGAGAAAUUCCAGGUUUCGCACUAAUUAAAGGGCUUUUGGUCUUCUGACGACCAAAAGAAGCACUACAUUUAUUACAGAUGACACUACGUGAUCGAGUUUCAGUAUUAAACACUCUGAUCCUCACUCGCUUUUGACUUUACUUUGACUGUGGGUGUGUGACUUGGGCUGAAAUCUGAAAAAAUGCUAAUAAAAGACAGUCAUAAAACUGCAGUCACAUCAAUAGUUGAAAUGGUUUCCUCAGAAAUUAGUGUCGUGAUUUGAGGUUUUCUCGUGGAAUAUUCAUCGCCGUUAAAAUGUAAAGCAGCGAACCAAUCAGAAAACGAAUGCAAUAACCGUAAUCUAUCGCCAUUUGUACUGUGACACCGCACAUAUGAUGACAUUGUCUUUUCUUUUCCACAGUACAUGUUUCUAACACAUGAUGCUGAGGUCUGGUUUUAAUGCUGUCGUUACUGACAUUUAGCUGCCUACCAAAGUGCUUUUACAGUACCGAUAACGGAUGGGUUCUCAGGAGAAAUGUUGACAGUUUAGGGUUGUUUUGGU